AUGACCUACCCCUCACAACCCCCACUCACCACAAUCCCCCCUCCCCCACCACCCUCCACCGUUGAUAAUGAAGAGCCAACGGCCUCUACUCGCCAGAGGGUCCAGUCAGAAGAGCCAAGGGCAAAGCUGCAGGUCGUCAAAAUUAAGGAUCGAGUGUUCAAACGAUCGAAGAGGCCUGCCACCGCUGUGAUUCCAAAACACAUUGUAUACAGCCCAAAUGCUGCAGAAUGUGUCAAACAAAGCUGUCCCAACCCAAUGGAUGUUUUCCUACUAAUGUAUCCACCCACCCUAAGAGAGAUCACCAUUGAAAUGUCCAACCUCUACUCCACCCAGACCAAGGACGAGCAACUGUAUCUGAGUAUGGAUGAGCUCCUUACAUUCUAUGGGAUCCUUAUCACAUCUGGGUACAGCUCUGUUCCAAGAAGACACAUGUACUGGUCACUUGACAGUGAUGUACACAAUGAAAGCAUUUCAGAUUCAAUGCGGAGAAAUCGCUUUGAUGAAAUAAUGGCCUCAGUUCAUGUGGUUGACAACACAAAGAUCACUGACGACCCAUUUUUUAAGGUUAGGCCCAUCUUCUCUGAGCUCAAUCAGUCAUACAAAGUCAUGCCAUUUCAGGAAUGGCUGUCAGUGGAUGAGAGCAUGAUCCGAUACUAUGGCCGACAUGGAUGUAAGCAAUUCAUUAGAGGUAAACCAAUCCGUUUUGGUCACAAGCUAUGGAGCCUUGCCUCACCCAGUGGUUACAUGUAUCACAUGGAGCCAUAUGGUGGAUCCCACACACUCCUCCCUGAGACUGGGCUGGGUCAGGGACCCAGUGUCGUUCUCGGUCUUGCAGAGCAAUCUCAGGUGCCUCAAGGUUGCAAGUUCCUUCAUGACAACCUCUUCACUUCGCUUGCACUCCUCGAUGAAAUGACAAAAAGAGGAUAUGGGAGCUCUGGAACGAUGAGGCAGAAUCGUCUGUUUGAUGUCCCAUUCAAGCCUCAGAAGGACUUCAUGAAGUUACCCCGGGGAACCUCUGAGGUUCUGACCCAAGGAGACAAGUUGCUGGUCCGUUGGAAAGACAAUAACAUUGUCACAGUGGCAACAAACAUGGAGGAGAAAUACAGUGAGACCUCUGUCAAAAGAUGUAACAAGGAGCGACGUGCCUUUGACAAAGUCCCACAACCAAAAUGCAUCAACCAAUACAAUGAGCACAUGGGUGGUGUUGACCUUCAUGACCUACAGGUUUCAAGAUACCAUAUCUCCAUCAGGUCUAAGAAGUGGUGGUGGCCCAUCUUUGCAUGGUCUCUCAACAGUGCACUCGUAAACAGCCAUUUCUUUUACAGAGACGUUAUGGGAGGGACCAUCGACCUGCUCACCUUCUCACGGAUAGUGGCACAGUCUCUUAUGCAAAAGUUUGGCAUGAAACCACUGAGCCAAGGAAGGAGAUCUUUACUGGCUGCUACUGUUGAAGAUCAGUGGCCCCCAGUCGGCACGCUGGGUGUUCCAGACGGUGUCCCCUGGCCCCUGAAGGCAGCCCUUCUGGUUCCCGCUGGAUCAUGUGGCUCCCCCAGCAGCCCCUCCAGUCCUGAUCAGGGGGCCCCUGGGAGCUCCAGCCUGGUGGCCUGA